AUGGAUCUUAACUGCUCCUGUUCCACCAGUGGCUCCUGCAUCUAUGCUGGCCCCUGCAAAUGCAGAGUGCAAAUGCCCCUCCUAAAGAAGAGCUGCAGCUCCUGCUGCCCUAUGGGCAGUGCCAAGUAUGCCCAGGACUGCAUCUGCAAGGAGGCAUCAGACAAGUGCAGCUGCUGUGCCUGUUCCAGAUGUAAAUAG